UUGCCGGGUUUCUGCGGCCGGACUGUGCUCUGGAACUUACAACCUCCCCAGCCAGGACACCACUCUCCCGGACGCGGGGAGGAGAAGACUGCUGCUGCCCAUUCGGAGGGACCACUUUUCCUCGCCUUUACCCCAAGACCCGCUUCCCCCCAUCUCCUCCCCGGAGAGCCUCGUCUCCGCAGCUGGGGGUGGAAGGCUGGAUUUCCUUCGAGUGGUGGAAGACCCGGCCUCCGCGACCAUGCCUCUGAACAUCAGCUUCUCCAGCAGGAACUACGACCUGGACUACGACUCGGUGCAGCCGUAUUUCUAUUGCGACGAGGAGGAGAACUUUUACCACCACCAGCAGCAGAGCGAGCUGCAGCCGCCCGCGCCCAGCGAGGAUAUCUGGAAGAAAUUCGAGCUGCUGCCCACCCCGCCCCUGUCCCCGAGCCGCCGCUCCUACGUGGCCGUCGCGUCCUUCUCCCCCCGGGGAGACGAUGACGGCGGCGGCGGCAGCUUCUCCACGGCCGAUCAGCUGGAGAUGGUCACCGAGCUGCUGGGUGGAGAUAUGGUGAACCAGAGCUUCAUCUGCGACCCGGACGAUGAGACCUUCAUCAAGAACAUUAUCAUCCAGGACUGCAUGUGGAGCGGCUUCUCGGCGGCGGCCAAGCUGGUGUCCGAGAAGCUGGCGUCCUACCAGGCUGCGCGCAAAGACAGCGGCGGCGCGAGCCCCGCCCGUGGCCACGGUCCGGGCGGCGCGGGCGGCGGCGGCGGCGGCGGCUGUUCCUCCAGCCUCUACCUGCAGGACCUGAGCGCCGCCGCGUCCGAGUGCAUCGACCCCUCGGUCGUCUUCCCCUACCCGCUCAACGACGGCAGCUCGCCCAAGCCCUGCGCCUCGCCCGACUCCAGCGCCUUCUCCUCGUCCUCCGACUCUCUGCUGUCCUCCACCGAGUCCUCCCCGCGGGCCAGCCCCGAACCCCUGAUGCUACCCGAGGACACGCCGCCCACCACGAGCAGCGACUCUGAGGAGGAACCAGAGGAUGAGGAAGAAAUCGACGUUGUCUCUGUGGAAAAGAGGCAGUCCUCCACCAAAAGGUCAGAGUCAGGGUCAUCCCCUGCUGGGGGCCACAGCAGGCCUCCUCACAGCCCGCUGGUCCUCAAGAGGUGUCACGUCUCCACUCACCAGCACAACUAUGCUGCACCCCCCUCCACCAGGAAGGACUACCCUGCGAUCAAGAAGGCCAAGUUGGACAGUGGUAGAGUCCUGAAACAGAUCAGCAACAACCGGAAAUGUGCCAGCCCCAGGUCCUCAGACACAGAAGAGAAUGACAAGAGGCGGACACACAACGUGUUAGAACGCCAGAGGAGAAAUGAGUUGAAACGGAGCUUUUUUGCCCUGCGCGAUCAGAUCCCAGAGUUGGAAAAUAAUGAGAAAGCCCCCAAGGUAGUUAUCCUGAAAAAAGCCACCACGUACAUCUUGUCCAUCCAGGUAGAGGAACAGAAGCUUGCUUCAGAAAAGGACUUACUGAGGAAGAGACGAGAACAGUUGAAACACAAACUCGAACAGCUGCGGAACUCUUGUGCAUAAA